AUGCCUCCGGUUAUAAUACUCGAUUCUGACGACGACGAAGAUGAUAUUGGCUACUCUCCAACUCGAAAUGUUCAGGCACCUAUCUCACCUGUACGUGCUGAAGUUGAGGCUGCAAGUGACUCCUUUGCGCGUGUGAGCGGUGCAACGACAUCGACAGAUCCGUCCUUUUUUCAGAAUAUUUACAAUGAACAGAAUGAUGCAGCUCGAGGCUUUGUUCCAGACCCGACAGCUGGGUCACAUGACCAAGAUCAACGGUCAGUCUCAAGUUCAGACAUGACGGCGCCGGCACCUUUCAAGCGCACUGUGACGGGAUUAGUUGAAACUUUUUCAUCUUCUACGCGGGAUCAAGGAAAUGCGGGAUUGCAGAGGAUGUCUGAUGGGAACGCUGCAUAUGAAUGGACUCAGGCCUCAACACCAGGCAGGCGAAAGGCACCCAUGGCUGUUAUGGACGACCCAUGGGAUGUACCAAGUUCACCUGAUGAGCGAUCUGCUAAACCAAGGAUAAAAAUCAAGCUGAAGCGUUCAGGGGCACACUCUGAUUCCGCAACAGACCCUCCGUAUGCUCGGGAGUUGAACAGUAUGGCAAAGACUCGGGGGCCCAAGUCUGAGCGCCUAGAUGUUUCACCUGCAACCGAUAGGAAGCGAAGAAAAGUUCAACAUCCAGGGGCUUCUUUCCAAGGUUCUAAUGAAGUCGAUUUGGUCACAAUACCUUUCAACCAUGAUCAUGAGGAUGGAUAUCAUGAAUCUCAGCCACCACCUACGCCUAGCAUGCUACCACCAACGAUGCCAGUUGACGAAGGCGCUUCUUUCUUUAUCGCCCCAAAUCAAUUAACUGAUACGCAGAAACUGGAGUAUGAAAGCGUGCAAUUGCCUUCAAGCUACAGUCAGAAUCAUCAGCUACCUCCAGUGAGGCAGUUCAAUAUCCAAAAUCUAGCUUCGAGCGGAGAGGCCACCAAUGUCAACACACCUAGAAGCAAUGCAACAUAUCUCAUGAGUACUGCUCCUCCCCCUCCUGCUUCAAGCGUGAUGGAUCCGCCACGAGCAACAAUUGGUCGGCCCACAGGUCAGCAAUGGGACUCGUCUCCUGACGUCAUCGCGGCUAUCAAUUCGCCUCCCCGAGAGACGGCAACUAAGCCGCAAGAGCAAGCAAGAAGGGAUGCCGCACCUGAGCUCGCAGACGACGAGUUUGUGGAGUUGCAGCAAACUGAAAAAGCAGACAUACCAAUCAUACAAGAAAUUGCGUCUGAUAACUACGACUCUGAGAAAAUGGCCAAACCAACCAAGGCAAAGAAGUCAAGAGGACGACCAAAGAAGAAGGCACACGCAGAAGAAGAUGUAGCUGUGACGGAUCCAUUGGAAGCCUUGCCAGUGGUCAAUGGGUCUGUUGCAAAAACCAAAAAGAAGCGUGGCAGGCCACGAAAGUCGGACCAGGUUAAUGCCAAGGAAGAAAGUCCCAAACUCGACCCGUCACUGUCGACCAAUGACGCUUCAUUGUCUGAAGAUGCUGUGCAACCAGAGAAGAGGACCAAGAUAGAAAUUGACGAGACUGAAACAAAAGUCGAACUCGCUGGAGACGAAGAUACCAAUGACUCGUUCAAAGAUGAUGGGCCAGAUAGACCUGCAAUAAGGGAAACAGACCCCAACCUUUCGACACGAUCAAUAUCCAGUAUUGACGACAAUGCCACAUCAAAGACUUCAGAUGCUCCUGCAACAAAGAAGGAAGAGAAAUCAGAGAAGCCAACAAUCGGCAGCAAAGGCUCAACGCCUUCAAAAGGAUUGUCAUCAAUCAUUAACAAGCCUGUAUACCGUGUUGGGCUAAGCAAGAAGUCGAGAAUUGCACCUUUGCUAAAGUGUUUGCGUAAGGAGUAA